CGAUGCGUUGUGUUACAGAGUGAGUCGACGACAGAAAAUAAUUGCUCCGAUUGUCUCUGUCGAAGUGUGAGUAACUUAUGGAAUCGAAAGGUAGAUGCGUCGGUGCGUCCGCGACGUUUUUGCAUUAGCGCGUGUUGUUGUCGUGUCAAAGAGUGUGAUCGCAUAGGUAUUCGCGUGUGUUCGGCAAGUCGAAAUACUGCAUUUUGGCUAAGAAAAAAGUCAAAACAAAGAAAAGGUAAACAAACAUUAUAACAAGUAUCGAGGUGCAAUAUUUACCGUUUCAAUAAUUCGCUGCAAUUGGGUAGAUCGACAAAAAGGAGCGCGCGUGUGCAAUCGUUGGCCAAAGUCAGCGCACCUUACGAAUUGGUAAAUGCGACGUAUUAUGGAAAGAAAUUGCUGGGACAGUUCUUACAUCGAGCCAUACCUCAAAGAUUGGUUGAAGUACGCGCGUGAAAGCGACGAAGCCGAGCAGCAAAAGAUCGACAACGGCGACGAAUUUCGCAUCCCCUAUGCAGGCGUGCAGACCGAAAUGAUAAGUGCAAUAUUCUCCAUGGCUUCGCGCUUCGAAAUAGAGCCACACGCCAAGUAUAUGGCGGUCCACCUGCUCGACAGAUACCUCGGCCUCUUCUUCUGGGAACUCAUCGCUGACUCGGAAAUCACGGAAUCGACUCUACGGCGCGCGAGAUCCGAAAUGUUCUCGCAGAUAAAACUCGUGCUGGUUUCCUGCCUGCAAAUCGCGAGCAAAGUCGCCCUCUUUUCCACGGGCCUCGGCAUACCCAUGGUACGCGACAUACUGCAAUCGGUCGACCCGAGCCGCGAGUACACCCGCGCCAUCGUCUUCGCCUCGGAGCAGCGCAUCCUCAAGACCCUGGACUUCAGGAUACCCUACAGUCUGCCCAUCGACGCGGUCCAGCUGUUUCUCGCCUACUCGGAGCUGCCCGUGACGCCCGAGCUGCGGGAGACGUGUCUGGUGCUCCUCGACGUGGCCUAUCUCCGGCACAACGAGAUAUUCGCCGAGCUGCACCUGCUGGCCCGGGGCAAACCCUACGAUCGCUCGCACAAGGACAGCCGAGAUUUUCUCAAGUACGAGGUGAACGCCGGCUUCAUAGCCGCUGCCGUCGUCGUCUGUUCCAACUUUUUCUUUUACCUCAAGAAGAACGUCGUGAUGGGCUGCGCCGCGAAACUGGCGGCCCUCAUCGACAUGAGCGCCGUCGACGUGCAAAUUAUGGCUAACAUACUUUUUACCAAUGUCAUCGAUAAGGACGAUUUUAAAGAUAUGCAAGCGAAGAUACAACAUUUUCAACUGAAGCAAAAGUCCUAAUGUCGAUAAAGGAUCGUAAAAUUGCACAAGGUUGAUGUCAAUUUCAUUGUCAUUUAGAAAAUAAUUCCAAUUGAGAAAUUGUGUAAAUUUGUAACAAAUCAAAUUCAUUCUCAUCAAGAUAAUUCAUUCAUGUUAUGUAAAAUUUAUUUUAUAUAUAUACGUGUAUUUAUAGUUUAAAAUUGUGUAUUCAUCUUA